AGCAACAACAACAACCGGCCUCAGAGCAGCAACAACAACCGGCCUCAGAGCAGCAACAACAACCGGCCUCAGAGCAGCAACAACAACCGGCCUCAGAGCAGCACAACAACCGGCCUCAGAGCAGCAACAACAACCGGCCUCAGAGCAACAACAACCGGCCUCAGAGCAACAACAACCGGCCUCAGAGCAACAACAACCGGCCUCAGAGCAACAACAACCGGCCUCAGAGCAACAACAACCGGCCUCAGAGCAACAACAACCGGCAACAACCGGCAGAGCAACAACAACCGGCCUCAGAGCAACAACAACCGGCCUCAGAGCAACAACAACCGGCCUCAGAGCAACAACAACCGGCCUCAGAGCAACAACAACCGGCCUCAGAGCAACAACAACCGGCCUCAGAGCAACAACAACCGGCCUCAGAGCAACAACAACCGGCCUCAGAGCAGCAACAACAGCAACCAGCAAUAGAGGUCUUUCAGUCAGCUGUCUCGAGCAGAAUAGAGGCCGGUGCCUGGCACCCCGCCCAAGAGGCCGGUGCCUGGCACCCGCCCAAGAGGCCGGUGCCUGGCACCCGCCCAAGAGGCCGGUGCCUGGCACCCGCCCAAGAGGCCGGUGCCUGGCACCCGCCCAAGAGGCCGGUGCCUGGCACCCCGCCCAAGAGGCCGGUGCCUGGCACCCCGCCCAAGAGGCCGGUGCCUGGCACCCCGCCCAAGAGGCCGGUGCCUGGCACCCCGCCCAAGAGGCCGGUGCCUGGCACCCCGCCCAAGAGGCCGGUGCCUGGCACCCCGCCCAAGAGGCCGGUGCCUGGCACCCCGCCCAAGAGGCCGGUGCCUGGCACCCCGCCCAAGCGGCCGGUGCCUGGCACACCGCCCAAGAGGCCGGUGCCUGGCACACCGCCCAAGAGGCAGAUGCCUGGCACACUGCCCAAGAGGCAGAUGCCUGGCACACUGCCCAAGAGGCCGAUGCCUGGCACACUGCCCAAGCGGCCGAUGCCUGGCACACUGUCCAAGAGGCCGAUGUCUGGCACACUGCCCAAGCGGCUGAAGGCAUAUUGGCCAACUAAUCAGGCAUGUAGCAAGGCAGCUCUGAGACACUCAGGACCCCAGAGGCAGCAGCUGUGA